AAAAGACAAUGCACCUCACUUCCACUGGCGCUUUACCCCGGUACCAGGGCUACACCGGUGAUUUAUGCUAAUGUCGGCACUAGACUUUCAUGUUUCGUCUGUACGUUUGGCACGUAAGACAAUUCGUGACAGAAGAAAACCAAAUUAAGAUAUUUGGCUAUGAGGGAUGAAAACCACGGGGAAAGGCACAGUAAGCUCAACAUAAUCGAACUAAAAAGACACAAUCCUUGAGUUUGUAAACUCUCCCUUAUUUUGGUACAGCCAACCCACCACAGUAAGCAUUUAACUGUCUCAUACCAAUAGGUUAGAGUGUGGUGUCAACGCAUAUUUGCAGAAAAAAUACAUUUGUUUUCUAUUCCUUUCAAUGGACUUUCUCUGGACUUUUGUCGUCACAAAAUAUCGCGCUGACACGACUGGCUGAACCCGCCCCUUUGUUUCAUCGCAAGAACGGCUUGGGCAUCAAGUGAAGUGAGGAGCUCGGGUAAGUUCCGUGGAUCGAUUGAUGACCAACGAAGUUUUACACGAAACGAAAGAGGAAAACUCGCUGUUGGACACAGCAGAACUGUGAUUCAUCUUUUGGAAACACUAUCUUCAGUCAUACCCGCAAGUCUCUUACAGAAUGGACGUCCUACCUGACCUGUGGAACCACGAGUACUGGCUGCCUCCUGGGAUCACCUGGAGAGAUAUGGAGCAGAUGGAGGAGUCCGAUUGUCCACACCCCCAUCACCUGCUGUUGGCGCUGCCCUUGGCUCUAGCAUUCAUUGCCCUCCGCUGUGUAUUUGACAGGGUGGUGGCUCCCUCCUUGGGCAGAUGUGUUGGGCUGAGGACGAGACCAAGCUUGGCUGCUGCUCCUUUACCAAAGCUGGAGUCCUUCUACACCCAGCGAACAAGACAACCAUCUCAGAGUGAGAUUGUCAGCCUCAUGGCCCAAUGUGACAAAACCCAGAGACAAAUUGAGACCUGGUUCCGUCGGCGAAGAAACCAAGACAGGCCCAGCCACACCAAGCGGUUUUGUGAGGCUUCUUGGAGGUUUUUUUUCUACCUCAUAGCAUUCCUAGCUGGACUUGCAACGUUGAUUGACAGAUCCUGGUUCUGGGAUCAGAGGGAGUGCUGGAGAGGAUAUCCACAACAGCCUGUUGAAAGGGCCCACUUCUGGUACUACCAGCUGGAGCUUGGCUUCUACCUCUCCCUGCUGCUCUGUGUUUCUGUGGAUGUCAAGCGGAAGGAUUUCAGGGAGCAAGUAAUUCACCACAUUGCCACCAUUUUUCUCCUGGGUUUCUCCUACUGUUCCAACUAUGUGAGGAUUGGUACUCUGGUGAUGCUGCUUCACGACUCAUCUGACUUCCUGCUGGAGCUUGGCAAGAUGUUCAACUAUGGCACUGGCUGGAAAAAGACUUGCAACGUGUUAUUUGUCAUUUUUGCUGCUGUCUUUCUGGUGACUCGCCUGGUUGUGUUUCCCAGCAAAAUAAUCCACACCACCCUUGUGUUGUCCAUGGAGGUCUAUGAACCAUUCGCUGGCUACUAUUUCUUCAACCUUCUUCUAAUGGUGCUACAAGCGCUUCAUGUCUUCUGGGCUAUGUUAAUCCUACGGAUGGCCUACAAGUUCCUCUUCCUUGGCAAGCUGGACAAAGAUGAACGCAGUGAUGAGGAGAGUGAACUGGAAGAGGAGGAGGAUGACAAGGAAAAUUGGGAGGGGGAACAGGGGGAGUAUUGUUGGGAAAGGAGUAAAGACGCCCUGAACUCUAAACUAAAAACGCUGACCAAUAGCUGUGUCUUAAACAACCUGACCAAUCAGAGAGCUGCUGUUGCAAGCAGGAUGCGGAAAGCACAGUGAAAAAAAGACCCUUUAAGUAAUGUAUGUUAGAUAGUAAAUGAAAUACAGGAUAGCUUUCACCAUACCCACCUAAGCACAACAAGGCUGUAACCACUCACCCAAAUCAACGUAAUUGCACAUACUUAAUUUACUGUAUAUAAUAUAAGAACCUUUAUGUGCAUUCAACAUUUGAAAAGAAAGUUUUUUGUUCUCACUAUUCAUUUACAGUGCAUUAUAGACAUCGCAUCGCAUCGCAUCGCAUCGCAUCAUCUUCCGCUUAAUCCGGGGCCGGGUCGCGGGGGCAGCAGUCUAAGC